UUACGGUCAUUUGUACACUUUUUUCUGUAAGAAAUCAGCAUUCCAAAGUCACUACCCUUUUCUCCUUCCUCCAAUCAAAUCCAAACACUUUCUACCAUUGCUACCUUCUGAGUUCUAACAUGCAGAUGAAGAUUUUCUUCAAGCUUCUUAUGCUAACAUUACAAGUCAUUCCCACGUUCACACUCUCCUCCCCUUGCAAAACCUCGUGUGGCAGCAUUCCCAUAAACUACCCCUUUGGCCUAGAAGAUGGGUGCGGUGCACCCCAGUUCAGACACAUGCUAAACUGCAGCACUGACUUGUUCUUUCAAACCCCUUCAGGCUCUUACAAAGUCCAAUCCAUCGACUAUGAAAAAAACUCCAUGGUAGUCUACGAUCCUGCAAUGUCCACCUGCUCCAUUCUCCAACCUCACCACGACUUCCAAAUGACCGAUAUUCAAUCCGCCAUAAUCCCUCCAUCACAGGACACGGUUUUCGUGCUGCUAAACUGCUCCAUAGACUCUCCUGUUCUCAACCAUUACAAGUACCUCUGCUUCAACUUCGCUGGCCACACCUGCGACGAGCUUUAUGGCGCGUGCAAUGCCUUCAGGGUCUUCCAUUUGUUGACCAACAGUUCCCCACCCUGCUGUUUCACCACUUAUGGCACUGUGAAGUUCAUGUCCAUGAACAUAUUAGACUGCACGCACUACACAAGUGUGAUUAACACCGAAAAUUUGAAUGGUGUUGGCCCUUUGGACUGGGUUUAUGGGAUCAAGCUUUCUUUCAGUGUCCCAGACACUGGAUGUGAAAGCUGCAAAAAAUCUGGUGGCACGUGUGGCUUUGAUACUGAUACAGAAGGCUUGCUAUGUCUCUGCUCGAGUUUUGCUAAUUCAACAAGGCAAUGCGCCCCCGGAAACAUGAUAUCGAAAGGACAGAGCAAUGAUGUUCUUUGGAGACACUACCUACUAGUUUUGCUUGUUAUGGCUUAUUUUCAGAAGAGUGUUGUUAGGCUUGUUUGAGACUUUAGUUUUAAUUGUUUUCCACUCUUUUGUUAGAGGGCAUAGGGAAUUUGUGUAGUUGUGUUUACAUUGACAGAGUGUGGUUAUUCUCAAGUUAUUAUUAUUCUCAAAAUUCUGAAAAAUGGCUUACCGAAACAGAAGAGAUGCAUUGCGUUGUUUAGUGAGGGAACACAGUAUCUAGGAAUGGGAAUGGAAAAAAUAUGUUGGGUGUUGGUCAAUUAUGAGGAUAUAUGUUUUGUUAUUAGCGAAAAUGCUUGGGGAAUUUUGUAUCCUAUAUAAUUGCAAUUGUAAAUGAGUUCAAAAUGACUUUGAGGUGAAGUAUUACACUCCUAAAAGUGAGUUGAACCAA